CACUUAUAUGGUCAAUUCCAUUUUUAUUUUCUUCAAUUUUUUUGGGAAGCACUGUUGAUAAAAAACUAAACAAAACGAUUUCCAUUAUGGCGGUUGUCGGGUUGAUCGAGGAAAUGGAAUGCGAAUUUUGUCAUCACGUGAUUUGUUCGAACUGAUUCGUCGCCGCCUUGUCCCUCGAGUCGCUUCGCUGCCGUAGACGCACUCACACACGUACCGUUCGCGCAUACUUUUAUCGAUAGCCGAAUACCGAUUUAGUUUGCUACGUGUGCGCAUCUUAACAACGUCCCCGGUCAGUCGGAACUCGGAAACGACUCCGCCGCCGUUGCUUAAAGCUGCAGUUCCACUGUCACUGUCGCAAUGGAUAUCAAUAAGAUCACCAACCUGCUGAACGCCACGCUCUUCCAGCCGCAUAGGAGUGAGGCCGAGGAACAGCUUCAGGGUUUACAAAAAAUUGCUGGAUUUUGUCCAACUGUACUACAAAUUAUUGUUUCCUCUGAAAUGGAAAUGUCUAUUAGACAAGCAGGUGCUAUAUAUCUGAAAAAUUUAAUGUACCAAAGUUGGGCAGAUCGUGAUGACGAUCCAAAUAGAUUUACAAUUUACGAACAAGAUCGAAUAGUAGUAAGAAAUACAAUUUUAGAUAUGAUAGUUCAAGUACCAGAAUUAUUACGAACACAGCUAACUGUUUGUUUGGUAACAAUGUUGAAACACGAUUUUCCUGGACGUUGGACCAAUGUUGUUGAAAAAAUUGAUGCUUAUUUAAAAAGUGAUAAUUCAUCAUAUUGGAUGGCUGGAAUAAUUGGUUUUUCAGCUUUAAUAAAAGCUUUUGAAUAUCAUAAGGCAGAUAAAUCGCCCAUACAUGCUGCAGUCAAAGUAUUACUACCGUCUGUAUACAAUGUCAUGGUUCAUAUAGUUAAUAAUACCACUGCUGAAUCUGUUGCAUUGCAGAAAACUGUUGUUAAAAGUUAUUUCAAACUUAUACAAUUUACAAUAAGUCCUGAUCUAAUGGAAAGAUCCACUUUUACUAAAUGGAUGGAAUUAUUAAGCAUAAUAGCUUGUAAUCCAGUACCAGAAGAAGUGAGUCGUUUGGAGCAUAGUGAGAUAGAUCAAUUACCUUGGUGGAAAAUUAAAAAAUGGGCAUUACAUACAAUGUAUAGAAUUUUUGAAAGGUAUGGAAGUCCUGGCAGUGUUUCCCAAGAAUAUCAACAAUUUGCUAUAUUUUAUGUAAAAACUUUUUCUACUGGAUUUAUAGAAAUAAUUUUAAGAAUCUUAGAUCAAUACCGUAACAAAGUCUACAUCCCUCCAAGAGUCAUGCAAAUGUGUAUGCACUAUUUGAACCAAUGUGUUAGUAUUGGACAUACCUGGAAAAUGAUUAAACCACAUAUUGCCGCAAUUAUUCAAGAUGUAAUAUUUCCACUCAUGUGUCAUUCAGCAUGUGAUCAAGAGUUGUGGGAAACUGAUCCACAAGAAUACAUUUCUCAAAAAUUUGAUAUUUUUGAGGACUUAAUAUCUCCUGUAAUGGCUGGUCAAACAAUGUUACAUUCAGCAUGUAAAAAACGUAAAGACAUAUUACCUAAAGCAGUUCAAUUUAUUGUUGGUGUUAUAACUUCAAAUGAUGCUACUCCAUCUCAAAAAGAUGGUGCUCUUCAUAUGCUUGGAGCGUUAGCUGAUGUCAUAUUUAAAAAAGAUAUGUACAAAGAUCAAGUAUGUAGUAUGCUAUAUCAACAUGUAUUUCCAGUUUUUCAAAGUCCCCAUGGGCACUUAAGAGCUAGAGCUGCUUGGUUUAUACAACACAUAUGCGAAGUUAAAAUUAAUAAUGAUAAUGUUUGGAAGGAUUUAACAGCACUAUCUACUAAUGCUUUAUUAACUGAUGAAGAACUUCCUGUCAAAGUUCAAGCUGGAUUAGCCAUUCAAGCAUUGUUAACUGCUGAAACCAAAGUUGAACAACUUUUAGAACCCAGGAUUAAAGAAAUUACACUUGAACUUUUGAGAGUACUUCAACAAACUGAAAAUGAUGAUAUUACUAGUGUUGUGCAAAAAGUUAUUGCAACUUAUUUUGAUAAACUUGCACCUAUUAUGUAUGAAAUUUGUCAGAAUUUGGCAAAAACCUUCCUUCAAGUUCUCCAGUCAGACGAUAUGAAUGAUAAGAAAGAAAUAACUGGUAUGAGUAUUUUAAGUUGUAUAGAAACCAUAUUGAGUGUGAAUGAUGAGCAACCACAAACUAUAGCAGCCCUUGAACCAGUUGUAUUGGAAGUCAUAGUGAAUAUUUUUAACACGCCUGAAUCUGGCAUUGAAUACUAUGAAGAGGCUUUAAAUUUAGUAUGCGACUUAACCAGUAUAGAAGUAUCAAAUAACAUGUGGAAUGUUUUGGAAUUAAUUUAUAGGGUUUUCCAAAAUGAUGGAAUUGAUUAUUUUGUUGAUAUGAUGCCUUGCCUUCAUAACUAUGUUACUGUUGGAAUGGAGAAUUUAAUCGCUAAUGAAAAUUUAAUGCUAAUUGUAUUUAACAUGUGUAAAAUUGUUUUGUCAUCAGAAUCUGGUGAAGAAGCUGAAUGUCAUGCUGGAAAAUUAUUAGAGGUUAUAAUUUUGCAAUGUAAAGGCCGAAUUGAUCAUUGUAUACCAUCCAUUGUUGAGUUGGUUCUACAAAGACUAGUUAGAGAAAUUAAAUCAUCUGAAUUACGAGCAAUGUGUCUUCAAGUGAUUGUAGCUGGUAUUUAUUACAAUCCACAUUUAUUAUUUGAUACACUUGAUAAAUUACAAAUGUCUAUGUCUACAAGUGAAUCUAUAUCUGCCCAUUUUAUUCGACAAUGGUUACAAGAUACAGACUGCUUUUUUGGAAUUCAUGAUCGUAAGCUAUGUGUUAUGGGUUUGCUCACAUUAAUGGCAUUAUCUCCAAAUCGGCCUAUUGCUGUUAAUCAAUAUGCUAAUCAAAUCGUACCUUCAAUGCUCAUGCUGUUUGAUGGACUUAACCGAGCAUACUCGAAAAAAGAUGAGUCUGGGAAUCAAAUUAGUUUUUUUUCGGAAUUUAAUGAAGUUGAUGAAUUCGAUCUAUUUUCCUCUUCAUUUGAACACUUUGAUGAAAAAAAAGAAAUUUCUUUCACUAAGUGUCAUAAUCAAGAUAAUGAUGAUGCAUCUAAUGUGAGCGAUAGAGAAAAUCAUCAAGAAGAAGAAACUAGCGAUGAAGAAGAAGUAGAUACUGAAAAUGAAUUGGCUACUGAUGAAGAUGAAGUCGAUGAAACUUUAGCUUUUGCAACUAGCAAAAGAAAACCCAUAUAUGCAACAACUAAUUCUGAAAAUGCUGAUGAGGACAGUGAUAGUGAUGAUGAUGAUGAUGAAUACGAACCACCUGAAGAAACAGUGCUUGAAGUAUAUACAACGCCACUGGAUGUAGACCAUAAUAAUGUUGAUGAAUCAAUUGAUGUAUACAUCUUAUUUAAAACUGUAUUAUUAAGCAUUCAACAAAAUGACCCUGCCUGGUACCUAGCUCUCACUAACCAUUUAAAUAGUGAUCAACAAAAGUCUAUUAAUGAAUUAAUGGUCUUAGCAGAACAGCGUCGCGCUGAAUUUGAAAAUAGAAAGAAAGAAAAACUAGCAGGUUUUAAAUUUGACCAAGCUACUGUUCCAUCCACAUUUAGUUUUAGUAACAGCAAUAAUUCACCUUUUGCUUUCGGACGGUAACUGGACAAUUAUAUAUUGACGAAUAAUAUUUGCUUUUACUAUUCAUUAUUAUUAUUGUAUAUUCAAACUAUAUACAAAAUCAUCUAAACCAAUUAAACAACAUGUUGUUAUCAUAAUUUUAAA